AUGGCUGCCACUGAAGCUUUACGAGCAGAAAACCCGGACUCUAUCGAAGCUCUCAGUCGCGAGGCAGAAGCUUUGAAAGCUCGCUUGUCAGAUAUCCCUAAUGUGUCUGCAGCAUGUGUUAUUGGUCAGCGCUUAGAAAGCCUGCAAAAUUUCAACAUCAAGCCACGGAGGACGCUGAAGGGUCACCAGGGGAAACGGCAUCUUGUGAGUUCCUCACAGGAUGGAAAAAUGUUGAUCUGGGAUGCCUUCACUACAAACAAGGAACAUGCGAUAACCAUGCCUACAACUUGGGUGAUGGCUUGUUCGUAUGGUCCAUCCGGCAGUGUUGUAGCUUGUGGUGGACUGGAUAACAAAUGUACUCUGUACCCGUUGAGCAUGGAUGAGGAUCCCGCCACCAAGAAGCGUGCAGUUGCAACCCACACAAGUUACCUUUCAUGUUGUACAUUCACAAGCUCGGACCACCAGAUUCUGACAGGAAGUGGCGACAGUACCUGUGCAUUGUGGGAUGUUGAAAGUGCACAACUAAUUCAGAGUUUUCACGGACAUGCUGGUGAUGUCAUGAGCAUCCAUCUUUCACCGACAGAAACAGGAAAUAUAUUUGUCUCUGGGGGCUGCGACAAAGUGGCUAUGGUCUGGGAUAUGAGAACUGGGGACUGUGUGCAAGUCUUUGAUGGCCACGACUCUGAUAUCAACAGUGUAAGGUUUUACCCUAGCGGUGAUGCUUUUGCGACAGGAUCAGAUGAUGCAACAUGUCGUUUGUUUGAUCUUCGAGCUGAUCGAGAGGUGAAUUGCUACAAGAAAGACAGUAUUAUAUUUGGGUGUAAUGCUGUAGACUUUUCAGUGAGCGGUCGCUUGUUGUUUGGUGGUUACAAUGAUUACACAGUAAAUGUAUGGGAUGCACUCAAGGGUACACGAAUAACAAUUUUAUAUUGCCAUGACAACCGCGUGAGUUGUCUGGGGGUGUCCCCAGAUGGAACCUCCCUGUGUACGGGUAGCUGGGACUACACUCUAAGG